AUGUCCUCUGAAGGCGCUGAAGGGAGCGCUUCCAGCGUGGACAGGAUGAACGGCGUUGGGAUGCCGGUUCUUUUUAUCUCCGUGAUAGCCAUGGCUUUUUUUAUGACUCGACGCUUCCUUAUUAAAGCUGUUACUUCUGCCUUUGCGGACACAACGUCUUGUCUCUGCUUUUUUUCUGCUGUCGUAAAUAUGCUGCUUUCGGUGUUUCUUUUCUUCAGCACCGGAUUCAAUUACGGCCUCGUAUCAACAGUGCUGGCCUACUGCAUGGUCUUCAUCAAGGGCCGAGAUAACUUCAACCAAUACUUGGUCCAUCUGUUGGCAAUAUACCUGGUGUGGUUUCUUGUAUUGGUGGGCAUACCAGCGGAGAUCAACCACGGCAUUAUCAGGGCCACAAACAAGGCCGAUUGUACGGCAUUUUACAACACCUAUGCAUCAACAAUGUGUCUUGAUGGCUGGCUGACAUUUGUGAAGAUCGUUGCAUGUUGUGUUCUAGGGUUUACGCUACUGUCUCUGCUUCUUCUUACAUCUGAGGUACUUGGCUCAGCGCAGUUGGGUGGGGUUCGGAUGCAGAAGUUUGAUAAUGAAGAGGCCAGAGUGCAUGCGGGUGAAGGUAGGGAGUGA